AGCCGGGCAGCGCAGGAACCUGGCGGCCGCCGUCUCUUAGUCUCGUCGCCCGCAAUGGUUUUUCCCAGACUGCCCCGCGGGUAAACAGACAUGGCCGACGAAGGUGGCGGAGGAGAACCAAACAUGGGGAACCACCUGCAGCUCAUGCCCGCAGAAAGUGAAGAAGAUGAUGAAAUGGAAGUUGAAGAUCAGGACAGCCAAGAAGCCAAAAAACCUAAUGUCAUAAAUUUUGACACCAGCCUGCCAACGUCUCAUAUGUAUCUGGGCUCUGAUAUGGAAGAAUUUCAUGGCAGGACUUUGCAUGAUGAUGACAGCUGUCAGGUGAUUCCAGUUUUGCCACAGGUGAUAAUGAUGUUGAUUCCUGGACAAACCUUACCUCUUCAACUUUUUCACCCUCAAGAAGUUAGCAUGGUGCGGAAUUUAAUUCAGAAAGACAGAACUUUUGCAGUUCUAGCAUACAGUAACAUACAGGAAAGGGAAGCACAUUUUGGAACAACAGCAGAAAUAUAUGCCUAUCGGGAAGAGCAGGAUUUUGGAAUUGAAAUAGUAAAAGUGAAAGCUGUAGGAAGACAGAGGUUCAAAGUACUUGAAAUAAGAACGCAAUCAGAUGGAAUACAGCAAGCAAAAGUGCAAAUCCUUCCUGAGCGAGUGUUGCCUUCAACCAUGUCUGCGAUCCAGUUGGAAUCUCUUAGUAGGUGUCAGCUUUUUCCAUCUUCAAAACCUGUGUCAUGGGAAGACCACUGUUCACCUCAGUGGUGGCAGAAAUAUCAGAAGAGGAAGUUUCACUGUGCAAGUCUGACUUCUUGGCCUUCCUGGCUCUAUUCCUUAUAUGAUGCUGAAACCUUAAUGGAAAGAGUCAAGAGACAGCUACAUGAAUGGGAUGAAAAUCUAAAAGAUGAGUCUCUUCCUUCAAAUCCUAUUGAUUUUUCUUAUAGAGUGGCUGCCUGUCUUCCUAUUGAUGAUGCAUUACGAAUUCAGCUCCUUAAAAUUGGCAGUGCUAUCCAGCGACUUCGUUGUGAACUAGAUAUUAUGAACAAAUGUACCUCCCUUUGCUGUAAGCAGUGUCAAGAAACGGAAAUCACAACCAAAACCGAAAUAUUCAGUUUGUCCUUAUGUGGGCCUAUGGCAGCAUACGUGAAUCCUCACGGAUAUGUGCAUGAGACGCUUACAGUGUACAAGGCUUCUAACCUCAAUCUGAUCGGCCGAUCUUCAACAGAGCACAGCUGGUUUCCUGGGUACGCAUGGACUAUUGCCCAAUGCAGAGUUUGCUCAAGUCACAUUGGGUGGAAGUUUACAGCCACCAAGAAGGAUAUGUCACCUCAGAAAUUUUGGGGGUUAACUCGAUCUGCUCUCCUGCCCAGGAUUCCAGAAACUGAAGACACGUCCAACCAAGACAGCUCACCAUUACUCUGCUUGUAAUCUGAUGAUUUGCUUUGGGAACAAGAAACAGAACCAGUCAGUCAGUGUUUGUAAAUCAAAUCUGCCUGGGAAGUUAACUCUCUUCAGAUGCUUACCUAAGUAAAAAGUGUCAUUACACUGAGGUUUGCUGUAUGUAUGAGGAAUUGCUGCUUCCUUCAGAAACAAUGGUAGCUGAAGAUUUGAAUUCAUUGUUGAAGAGGAGGAAAAGAAAUUUAGCAAAUAGGUUUGAUUUCAGGAAUAUCUAUCCUAAAUAACUUGGUAAACUUGCCACUGCCCUGUUGAAUUUCACAUCCACUUUUACCCAAGUAAAGUUUUUAAAAAUGCUGUUAAAAACAGUUUGUGGCUUAUAUCCUUCAUGUGUGGCAAUAAAUAUUACAAAUGCAUUUCAUUUUUAGGGAUGUUUGUCAGAGGUAGCACAUGAAGAUAUUUUUUAGAGUGUCACUGAUGUUUCCAAGUUUGUGUAUGUGUAUACACGCACACAGACACAUACACACAAUUUUGAAUUUCCAUUUUGCUCGAUGUUACUUAAAGGAUCCUGGUGGGAGACUGGUUGCUCCAUCCUGGUAUUUGUGAUGGUCAUAAUGCCAUUUUGGUAACAAAAAUGGCAAAAGGCAAUCAGUGGCACUUGCUGCUAAAGCAAGUAAGGUACAGUGUUCCUUUUUUAUAGGGAGAUUGGAUCAUAUAUUAAAAAGGGCUUUUUCCUUUUUGAUUGAGCUUUUUUGCCAUGUUGAUUUGUAAAUCUUUUAAAGCAUUGAUGUAAAAUGUACAGUUUGAACUCCCCAAAUAAACUUUCCUCAUUUUCCAAAAAUAUUAGUGAAUUCUGAGUCAUGCUGUUAAAUUAUAUUUGUUUAGUAUUUAGUAAACUGGUACCCAUUUAAACUUAAUUUGCUCAGUACAUGAAUUAUUUUUCAAGAAGAAAGUUUAAAAAUGUGGCAAUCAUCCUUCGGCUCAUUUAUCAGUCCUAAUACCAUAUGUCCUAUUUUAUUAUUGGAAAUGGACAAGAUAAGUAAAAGCAAAAGCAAAAUAAUAAGAAAAAUGUUAAAUUUUUUUUUUUAACGUACUUAGGUAGGAGUCUACUGGUGACCUUAAAUUUCUUCAAAUAUUGUUUGGUUCACCCUUUAUAUGUUCAAAGUAAAUAAUGAAAAAAAAACCCUAUAAAUCAAUUUACUAAUAAAGGAGUUCUUAAAUUAAAUUGUAUGCAAUGAUUCUCUUCUGCUCCACUAUGUUUAAAUAGUGCGUUUAGAAAUAACAUUCUAUAAAUGUACAACAAAAUCUGAGAAUGUGAUGUUAUUUUAGAGUUAUGAAAUUGUUUCAGUUAACUUUAAGGAACUAAUGGCCACUAAUUUUUGAUACUUUAUAUCUUUGCUUUUAUUAAAGUGUGUAGUUGACCCAUUUCCAUAACAUAGUCUUAUUUUCACUUAGUUACCUUUAUAAUGUACUGGAGAAAUCAUUAGCAAUGCUGAGUAAGUAGAAAGUGAUUUUUUUCCAAUUAAAAAUAUUUUCUAGAUUUUCGAAAAUCAAAAAAUCAGAACAUACCUGUACCAUAGUCAAAAAGAAAUUAUUUUCCUGACAUUCACAUCAUUCAAAUUGGAAUGGAGAAGGUAAGGUGCUGUUUUCAGUUACUACUGAACGCAGCCCUGUUGUAUUUCCUUGAAUUUAUGAGAUUCCUUCAAAACAUCAAACUGACAUUGUGGGACAUCUGAGUAUGAAAUAUGCUCCUUUUUUGGUAUUGUAUGCAUAUGUAAUCAAGUGAAACUAGUUCAAAAUGCAGUUUAAUUAGAUUUUAUUUGCAUUCCAUAGACCUGAGCAUCUUUGUUGUAACCAAGUUUAUGACAUCCUGAUAAAUCACUAAAGCAGUGACCAAUUUCUUUUUGUGGUUCCUAGCUACAGAAGUAUCACAGGUAGAGAAAUCAUUAAAUAUGUAUGUAUUAUUUUAUAGUAUUGCUAUAGACUUAAGAGUUCUGUACAUUAUAAAUUUUCAUGACUUGAAAACCCCUGUGCUUUUAAAGAAAGAAUCUGAAUGUUAGGAUGGCGAUUUCAGGUAGCAGUGAAUGAUGCCACACUGGCCAGCAAAAUGCAAAUCUCUGUUAGAAUUAUCCCAGCCAUAUUUAAUUGUACAAUAUAGAAGUAAUUGCCAUUACGUGCUCAUUUCAGUAGCACAAAAUACCUCCAGGAAUCAACAAAAUUGCCUAAUUUAAGUAUCUUUCAUUUGAUUUGUUAAAAGAAAAAUGCUGAAAGCUGUUUUGUAGCAUGUAGUGAUUCUUUUUAUGUGUUCUAAUUUUAUUGUCUGCAUUAUUUUGUGAGAUUUUUUAUGAUGCUAUUUGUACAUUAAUAUUUCUGGUUUGGAAUUCAGAUACGAAGUUUUCAAGAGUCUAGGGUGUUUUGCAGAGUUGCUGUUAGGAAGCCCAUUGAUUUCACUUUCUCAAUCUGCUAUUUGAAAUAGAUCUCAGAAUAAUUUGUCUUACUGCUUGCCAAUAUUUGCAAAGAAAUUAAACUCAAGUAUUUAAGAAACAAUAAUAAAGCCCUAACAUUGUGAUUGA